GGCCAGUUUGAUUUCACAGAAGUGUGAUUGGAGAUUCAUUGUGUUUUUCAACUGUUCCCUUUAUUUUUUUGAGCAGUGUGUGUAUAUGUAUAUAUAUAUCUCAGGAUUUUGCUAUGGUGGACCUAAUUUUUUGGAGGUUGUGUACAUACUGGUUGUCCUGAAAAGAAAUACUUUAAUGCUAAAUUUAAGUUCUGGACAUGUAGAUCUUUCUGAGAUCUCGGUACUGAUAGGGUUAAGGCUUUUCUGGGGAAUGGUUGGCUACCCUUAAAAUAUUAUAAUUACAACCAAAUACUUUUGUAUAUGUUCGGUGCGUCUAGGGCGAAAGAUCCAAAAUUCAUACAACCACUGCAUAAUUUUCUUUUAAAAAGCUAUAAGGCUGAUGCAACAGAUCAGACCGUUUUAGCUUAAAAUGUUGAAGUUUGAUAUUGUAAGCUCAAACAUGUGAAAGUGGCUGUCGGCUAUUCGAGAAUGUCCCAAAAUGCAUUUAGCGGGGAAACACCGUUCUCAGAAACUCAGGUUUCAUGUGACCGAGAUGAAUAUAAUUUUAGAAGUUAGAAAGAGGGGAGAUCUAAAGAUGCAUCAACGAGCAUGUGUUACUAAUAUGACUAGGAUUAUGCCUUUGGCUGCUGGUCAAUAAAGACCGUUGAUUUGAAUACCAGUAGAACAUGAGAAAAUGCUGGUUUCAAUUGCAUAUUUAAGUGUUAAUAAAAUAAUUCCCUCAACAUUUCUAUGGUUGUAUUUUUGUCUAGGCUUCUGGGGCGGCAGGGUAGCCUAGUGGUUAGAGCGUUGGACUAGUAACCGGAAGGUUGCAAGUUCAAACCCCUGAGCUGACAAGGUACAAAUCUGUCGUUCUGCCCCUGAACAGGGCUCAAUGAAGCCCUCGAUCACUCGACAAUUAGCCAUUGAGAUUGAGUGGUCAAAGUGUUUGGUUUAAGAUUCAGCCCUAGCAUGUUUUAUUGGGUUUGCUUUCCUUUUAUAAACAUCUGCACUUUUUUUUUAUCUAGCUGGAUAGUUGAUGGUAGACUAAGGUACAGUAUCAGCCUCUAAAGCUAGGAUACAUCAAUUCCAUAAAACAAAACACACAGCCGCUGUCACACCCUCUCAACAAUCCCUACCUUUCUAGCCUAGCGGUCAAUGUUGAUUAAUUUCCCUCAAUGUGGCAUGUGGUCCAAUGUAUAGGCCUGCCAGUCAAGCAAGGUCUUCCUCACCGCAGCAGGCUUUUCAUGAGCCAACACAGAGCAACAAUGCCUUGGGUACCAUGUUCAAGAACCUUAGCCUAGGUAAGGUGCAUUUUAGUAAAUUGCUCAUGGAAGAGAAACAUUGCGCUCAAUCGUCAACAGGUCAAUGGCUAAGGUGAGCAGAGAGAAUACUUUGCUCUGCAUGUAAAAACUAUGGUCAAUUGGGCUGUUUAUCAUUUGCGCUGUUGCAGUUGGACAAUAAAUAAGCUAUGGGACCCGAUUCAAUGUAGGUUAAACCAUAGUCCCUCUAGUAAUUAAAUAAGAUCUCUGUGAUAAACCCUCGUUCCAGAAUGGGGUAAAAGUUUCAUCAAUAUUGGUCAGGAAGUAAUCCAAACUAUUCUACACUGACCAACAAUAUAAACACAAGAUGCAACUACUUUUCAGACAGGCAAACUACUGCUUCUUAACACACUGCUUACUUAACCCGGAAGCCAGCCGCACCAAUGUGUCGGUGGAAACACCAUUCAGCUGACAACCGAAGUCAAUUUUUAGGUGCCCGGCCCAUCACAAAGAGUCGCUAGAGCACGAUGAGCCAAAGAAAGCGCCCCGAUCAAACCCUCCCUUAACCCAGACGGCGCUGGGCCAAUUGUGCACCGCCCUAUGGGGCACCCGGUCACUGCUGGCAGUGACACAUCCCGGGAUCGAACCCCAGGCUUUAGUGGCACCUCAGCUGCUCCACUCGGGAGGCCCAUGAGUAAGACCUAUUAAACAGCUUAACAUUCGCAAGACUACAGGGCCAGACCGAAUAGCAGGACAUAUACUCAGAGAAUGCACUGACCAGCUGGCAAGUGUCUUCAACCUAUCCCUGACCCCAUCUGUAAUACCAACUUGUUUCAAGCAGACUGCCAUAGUCCCUGUGCCCAAGAACGCCAAGGUAACCUGCCUAAGUGAUUAUUGUCUCACAUCAUGAAAUGCUUUUAAUGGCUGGUCAUGGCUCACAUCAACACCACGGGACGGCAGGGUAGCCUAGUGGUUAGAGUGUUGGACUAGUAACCGGAAGGUUGCAAGUUCAAAUCCCCAAGCUGACAAGGUACAAAUCUGUCGUUCUGCCCCUGAACAGGCAGUUAACCCACUGUUCCUAGGCCGUCAUUGAAAAUAAGAAUUUGUUCUUAACUGACUUGCCUAGUUAAAUAUAUAUAUAUUUUUUUAUCCUAGACCCACUCCAAUUCACAUACCGCCCCACAGGUGACGCAAUCUCUAUUGCAAUCCACACAGCCGUCACCCACCUGGAUGAAAGGAAUACCUAUGUAAGAAUUCUGUUCAUUGACGACAGCUCAGCACUCAACACCCAUUGUCCCUUCCAAGCUCAUGACUCUGGGACGGAAGCCAUUCCUUUGCAACCGGAUUCUGGAAUUCCGACGGGCCACCCCCAGGUGGAGAAGGUCCAGCAAAACCACGAACCUUUGUUCCAAAUGUUUUACGGACAUUGAGAAGAAGCAGCCAGGCGAGGACUGUGCCCCAGAGCCUGCCCCCAGCUCAUGCAGCUCAAGCAUCAGCCAGUCAGUCAUCUUCUAUAGCGAAUCAAGCAGCAGCAGUAGCCAAUCCCUUUCGACAGCGCCAGUCAGCUCAGAGAACCCGUUGCCCAGAGACACAAAAGCCACGCCUCUACCUGAACAAGAUGAAGUCUCCAGCACAGACACAGCCCACGGCAUACUGGUAUCCACCCCCACAAAACGGCCCUGCAACUCAGCCUCUGAGUCAGAGAGUGACGCAUCCCCAGAGAAGAGCGCACGGGUGGGCUCCGGGUCUAAGGAGUCGUCAUCUACCAAUGGGGGUCCCAAGCAGAAGGGAAGCCGGCGCUGCCACCGAUGCCAUACCAAACUGGAGCUGGUACAGCAAGAGCUCGGCUCCUGCCGCUGUGGCUAUGUGUUCUGCAUGCUCCACCGGCUUCCCGAGCAGCACGACUGCCUCUUCGACCACCUGGGGCGCGGGCGUGAAGAAGCCGCCCUCAAGAUGGUCAAGCUGGAUCGCAAGGUGGGCCGCUCAUGCCAGCGCAUCGGUGAGGAGUGCACCUGAACCCCCCCCCCAUCCCCAACCCCGACGAUGAGAGCGAGGAAGAGGAAAGAGGCUGCGUCCUAAAUCAUUCAUCUUUGUCCAGAAAUGUGCACUUGUACAGACCCCGUCAUGGAUUUCUUAAAAGUAUAGGAUUGGUGUAAGGCAUUGGUUGCGUUGUUAAAUCAAUGUGAGAAAGUGUGUCAGUGGAGACUUCGGGGAAAGGGUGGCAAAUGGGGACGGAGACAAAUGCUCACUUUAUACUCACUCUUGUCCCCACUGCCACUUUUUGUUGUGACAAUGCUCUCACCUCAAAUAAGCAGACAAAGCACUUCUAGUUUUCGUGCCCUGACAAGGGACUGCUAAAGCCACCUAUCUGUCACUUCCCUGUCUACCAACCUCAAGACCAGAGCCCCCUCAUGUCAUCACUAUCACAGAGUGGGAUGAAGUUACACCCUAAACACUGAACUAAGGUCAGUUUUUAGUUCAGGUCAACCCACUGAUUAAGGGUAUGAUGCAAGGGAGGUUAAGCUGAUCUUAGAUCUGUACAUAAGGAGCACCUACCACCCCAAGACAUCCCUCGAAUCCCUCUCCCUCCACUGUUUUGUGAUUUUGACCUAUGACUUUUGAGCGUGUCACACCCACCACUGCUUCUCAGCCUUAACCCCUCCCAUCUCCAGAUCAGGGACAUCCCUGUUCAGAAAAAACUAAAGCCAUCUGCUGCUUAUUGCAACUGUCCCUAUCAUCAUCACCACCACCUCAGGUUGUGGGAGAAUCCAAUGAGAGGGGUUUACAGGGGGAGAGGCAGGGGGGUUGGACUAUUGCAACUCCCUUCCCCUCCCUUUCUGACCUGCCUGCUGCUGUUGACACAGCAGCCAUUUUCUGUAUCUUGGGAGAGAGAACUUCCUUUCUAGACAACAGACACCGAUCGCCCCCUAGUUAGUGGGGUUGGAAUAAAAAUGGAACAGUCUGUCUGUCAGGGAUUUAAUCCAUGUCCCCGAGUGAGUUUCAGUCGCUAUGGAGACGGAUAACACACCCCUUGAGAUUUCCUUUGGCCAUGAUGUUCAUGCUACUACGGGUGCUGGCCAAGGAUAAACUACUAAGAUGGACACAAAAGCAAAGAGCUGUCACGAGACCUCUAUAUGUGCCUCUAUCGGAAUCUGGUUCUCCCUGCGCACAAACAUACACAAACACUCUUACAUACAGUUCAGCCCACAUGCGCAGAGCACAAGGACAGCUAAGAAAAAUCAAGUGGUACACAUUGGACUGUGCUGAAUUUGUGGAUAACCUUUUGACAAAGUUCUUCAGUGGGACGCUCAUGGUUGUUCAGGUUUUGCUCGAUAUAACCCAUAAUAUCUUAGCCAUGGACUUAAUUUCCCAUUAGCCCCCACUGUUUGAAAUGUUUCUGCGACGCCUCUGUCUCUCGAUGCCAUCCCCGACCCCUCGGUGGGAUUCUAACUCCCUCUUUCUUUCACAGAUUCUCUUCUUCCUGCCCUUGCCCGUCGCACACCACUGUCUUUCUCCUUUCACUCUCUCCAUUCCAUUUCCAGACAGCAUGUCUUGCUCUCACCCACCUUACUCUCCAUUAAUCCUUCCCUCUUUCAUUCUCAUUUCUCCACAGUAUUGAUUUUCUCACUUGCUUGCUCUCUCUCUCUCACACACACACACACACACACACACACACACACACACACACACACACACACACACACACACACACACACACACACACACACACACACACCUCUUCUUGCCAAAGAGCAAACACUGAGUGAGAGGUUGGGGCCUGGCCAUAGGUGGGGCUGUGGGGCUACAAGCAGAGCGGGGAGGAAAAAUGUAAUAGAAAUUGAAUUGUCGUAAAAUAAUAUUGUGUAUCUGAAAGAAAAACCCUUAUUUAACCCUAUUUGUUUUUUGAAAUGUUAUUUUACUUACACAUUAGCAUAGUGCUGCAUUUUUUGUUUGACAUUUUAAGAAAAAAUGGAUAAGAGAAUUCUGUAGCCUUCGUUUUCUUUUGUUCCCUUUUGUUGCUAAAAAAUAAAGUAAUAAACUGGA